AUGGCGGAGCAGAAUAUACAGUACAUGGGCGACUUUUCCAGGCCAGUUAUUGGGAACACGAGCACUUCGGCGAUAGGGUCAGGAUCAAACCAAGGCAAUCAGUUCCGCCGACCUCCUCAGCAAUUUGGGUAUCAGAACCAGCAACAAUUCUACCCACCUCAACAGCAGUUCCCCUUUCCUCAGCAGCAGACUUACCCUCAAGCAUAUCAGCAACAGCAACCCCAGCAGUAUCAGCAGUUCCCUAUGCAACAAGGGAAUUUUCAGCAGCAGCAACAAUACCAGCAUGCCCCUCAACAGUUUCAGAAGCAAACUCAACCGCAGAAUUCGUCUCUUGAGGACACGAUGAAAUCUUUUAUGGAGAUGACCAAACAGAGCAUGGAGUCGCAGUCCGCCACAAUAAAGCGUCUUGAGACAACCGAGGGGCAGCUCUCUGGGACCUUGAACCAGAUGCAACAGCAGCAACAACCAGGGAAGCACCAUGGACAAGGAUUGCAACCUCACCAAGCUCAAGCAGUCACUGUUUUGUGCAGUGGAAAGGUGGUGAACAAUAAAGUGGAAGCCCCUGUGGAAGAGCCCCCUAAGGAAACCCACAUGGAGGAGCAAGUACAGAAGCAGCCGCAGCCAAGAGAGGAGGAGAAGGAGAAGGAGUCCGAAGUGAAGCUCCACAAGGCUGCCAAGCCAUAUAAGCCACCGGUCCCUUACCCAAGCCGAUUGAAGAAUGAAAAGCUGGACCAAUAA